UUAUAAUAAUUUUCAGACGUAGUAAACUUUAUGACAAUGUCGUCAACAACUACGACAGCAGCAACUACAACUACUGCAGACGGACCUACAACUACUACAGCAACUACAUAUACUACAACCACAACAGCUACUACAAGUAUGACAGUUACUUCAGCAGCUAAUGCAACUACAACUGCUGCAGAAAACUCAGACAUCUCCUCAAGCAAGUCUCCUCAAGGAGUGUAUGCAGAUAAUCAAGUUGCUUACAUCGCUGCUGGUGUUGGAGGAGGUGUUGCAGUCGUCAUUGUUGUCGUCGUCAGUGUUCUGUGUAUAAGACGAAGGAGAGGUCGCCCUGUGAAUAACGGCUGUACACGUGAACACAAGCACGAGGCAUCACAUACCUACUACAAUGAAAAUCGCGGCUUACAAGACCAAGACAACAACGACAAAGUUCUAGUGGAAAAUGAUAUUUAUGAGACUUCACAUGACGUCACCUCACACAACCAGCUUUCAACAAAUGAUCACGUGAUAACAGACGUUUACGCCCAAGUGCAGAAACCGAAGAAAAAUACGCCGAAACCUACAGGUACAGCUGACGACAUCAACAUAGAGGAUCUAUACGCCAAACCUGACAAAACUAAGAUCCGGAAGAAGCAGGAAGACUAAUAGGCUGUAAAAGGGGAAUCCUUUGAUGAUGCGAAAUGGAUUGUUAUAUAAAAUAUCAGAAUUCUGAAAAAGAAGAUGUACUGUAUAUAUGCCUCGUAGAUAUUCAAUGACACAUCUUUAUGAAAUAGUUUCAUACACCCCUCAUGAGCAGCAUGAUUGGUACAGUAUUUUAAUUAUAAACGUUGAUUAUUUAUAAAAAUAUAAAAAUCAAAUUUCAAUGCUAGAGAAUAACUAAUCUCGUUUUUCCAACGAAGCAUAUUUCAUUGCUCGAAAAGGAACACACAGCUGUGACAAUUGUAUGGAUGGAUCACUGAAAAUCAGUGAUGACACCUGGAUUUCGCAUAAAGUCCUGCCCUACCGGUAUCACCCGCUCUUCUCGCAACUUGCACCAAAAUGUAAGUGUUUGUUGACCGACAAGAUUAUAUCUAAAUCUAUAUUUUUAGACGUUUUAAUGUACUCAAGGUCACAGGGUCCACAUAUACAACAGCUAUCUGUUUACUCCAAGAUCCCCUGCUCCAACUUGUAACUCAUCACUUGUUACUUAACCUGUUAUUGAGGACACAAUCAUGAACAUGUUUUGUUCGUCUUUACAAUUUUAUGAUGUAGUGAUAAUUUAACACGUAAUGCGGAUUCAAACUAGCUAUUUUCCAUAUUUAUUCAGGAAAUUUAUUUUCUGUGAAAAAAAAGGCUACCAAGUACGUCCUUGUGAAUCAGUGUCGGAAGGAGUGAGUGUGUGAAACCCACGAGCAUGGUUCUGGUGCUAAGAAACCAAGAGUCGUUCUCAGGGCGGCAAUGGGGCGCCCGAGGGACCCAACUCUGCACAGCGACAGGGGGUAUCUAACGCCAGUUUGGUAUCCAUGCCCUAGUGGAUUGUUCAUGGUUUUUAUAUGAAUUCCUGCCUCAGAAUGUCAGUCAAUAGUAUAAACAAACAUAGUUGAAAUUGCCCAUAUUGUAAAUUCGAGCUGUAUUGUCAGUAUUCCAAAACAAGAAAUAGCAAUGAUGACAUCUCUUAGACGUUGAAAGAUCUUUUGUGUGUGAAAAUGAUGUCGCAAAAUCUUGGCGUCCAUAAACAGUUAUUAUGUCCGCAAGCAACAUAUCAUGACCGAGAUCUUAGUUUCAUUAAUGAAGUUUUUACCCAAUGAAAUCAUCAAUCGCAUAGCCACUUACCACACAGGCGAGUUUAACGUCUUGCCAGUUAUAACAAAAAACAAUUGUUUGAUAUUUAAGAAGGUCAGUGAUUAAUAUUAUGUAAUGUCACAACACAGGCUAUAUCCCGAACACUAUUAUAUAUUACAUUCAUUUUAUUUAGAUCACUUAUGUGGUUAAAAGUGAGGUAAAGUUCGCCACGCCGCCCUACCAUCAACUGAUUUCUGUAAACUGAUCUGCAUAUGCAUAAAACUUUCCUGAUAUUCCAUUAUUUUGGUUGUUUAUCCAUGUUAUCUCUCAUCUGAGCCAGAUGAGAGUCAAAUGAGUAAUAACAAAAGUAAUUAAAGUCGUUAUCCAUAGAUUGUGUCUAUAUUGUCAUCCGUCAACUUCUAAGUAAUGCCCCACAACACAACAACAAAAUAGUAUCCCCGUGUCUAAUUUAGUGUCACUUUUCCCCCACCACAUGUGACUAUCACUAUACAGUGUAUACGUCUCGUUCUAACCGUUAUCCCUUUCAAUUCAAUUCCAGGUAUUUUUAUGCCAAUAACUAGCUACGUGCACUAUAUGCUGACAUUCAUGUUAGUCAACGACCAUACACAACAGGUAAGAAAGAGCUGUGUUCUUGUCUGACUUGUACAUUGCCAUGUUGUGCAGCAAAAGCUUGACACUUUUGAUCACUCGAACAUUCAUUUCUUUCAGCGAGAUGUAUGUGUGCCUGAUAAACAUUCAUGUUUUCCUCAAUUCAGACGUGUACAAGAACAGCUUGUAUUGCAUGGCUAUCAGUGAACACAGCCUAGCUUUCUUUGGUCUGUAUAUCCCGCGUGGGACACACAAAGUUUGUUGUGUAGAGUUACUUCCCCUAGACCGCCAGACCUACAUUUAGUCCCAGAAAUAAAGUUAUCCUAUUAAAAAAUACAUAUCUACACAACAAAAGUAAUCAAUUAAAAUGGAGCCUAGAACAAUCCUUAUCUAGACUUGGCAAAAUCAUUCAAGGGCUUGAGUGGGACUUGAAUAUUUUCUCUUGGUUCUGGGAGACAAUCAACCUCAAUGUAUCACACACCAAGCAAACCUGAAAUAUGGAGGAUGCGGUAUCAGUGGGAAUAUCAAUAAUAUUUACAAAUAAAGAGAAUAACCCAGUGAGCGAGCGAUUAUACAAAUAUGUUCAUGUAUAUUUAUUUUGAAGAAUAUAUUUGUUAUUUGAUUGACUUAUAGAUGUAAGUUUAUACUGUUAACUCGCCAUUGAAUAAACAUCUGUCAAUCACGGUU